UCCAAAGACCGACUGCACAGUUCCUGCCUUCACACUAAAACCUCUGCUUCAUCCUGCCUGCGCUAAGAGUCUCAGAAAGCUGGCGUGCACAAGCUAGCAAGCUACGGAGUUUGCCGCCAAUGUAUUUCUUGUAAAGUGUAUGCAAAGGAGUAUGGAAGCUGGACAAAUAAGAUGACAAAAACCAACCACUUUCAUGUGGUAUAGGACAGAAAGGAGGACUUUUUUUCUCCUCCAUUUGAAAAUGCGGACGUUAUCAGCACCACUGUCUGAUUCCAAUCAAAGCAAGUCAUCAGAAUCAGACAUCAGUGAAGACUAUUUUUUUUCCUGAACAGCGGAAGAUGAAGCAACCACAGCCCCCCCACCUUAAAGAGAAUGAGGAGGUGCCAUGGUGCCCCAACAUUAAAGAGGAAGAGGAGAAGCCACAACUCCCCCACAUCAAAGAGGAACAAGAGGAACGCUGCAUCAGUCAGGAGGGAGAGCGUUUUGAAGGGUUGGACGAGUUCCCAGUAAUUUGUGUCAUUGUGAAGAAUGAAGACGAGAUCAAAGGUGAAAUUGAGGAGAGAGAUGUGGAGCCUCCAAGCAGUAGCUCAACUAAUCACAUGACAAGAGAAGCUGAUGGAGACCACUGUGAAGGAACUCAAGCAAACAACCUCCUAGCUCCACUAUCAGAGAGCGAGGACACAACAUCACACUCUUCUGACACUGAUGAUGAGAACUCUAAAGCGGGUAUGACAUGUCAUAGUGACAACACACACUUUAAAUGUGCUCACUGUGACAAAACCUUUAAUUUCCAUUCUGACCUAAAAACACACAUGAGAAAACACACAGGAGAGAAACCAUUCAAAUGCUCGGUUUGCGGGAGACGUUUCACUCGUAAAGGAUCUUUGACAACACACAUGAGAAUACACACCGGAGAAAAACCAUUCCUGUGCUCAGUUUGCGGGACGAGUUUCACACGCAAGGGAAAUUUGACAACACACAUGAGAACACACACAGGUGAGAAAUCGUUCGUAUGCUCAGUUUGUGGGAAAAGUUUCACUCUCAAAGGAACAUUGACAACACACAUGAAAAUACACACUGGUGAGAAACUUUUUAAAUGCUCAAGCAGGAACGAAAGUUUUAUUGAAAAAGGAAACCUUGCCAGGCACAUGACAAAACACUCCGAUAAACCUUUUUCGUGUUCAGUAUGCAACAAAAGCUUCAGUGGACGAGGAAUCCUUGUGACACACAUGAGAAUACACACUGGCGAUAGACCAUUCAUAUGCUCAGUUUGUGGCAAAGGCUUCACUCAUAAAGGAAAUUUGACAACACACACAAAAAUACAUACUGGAGAGAAACUGUUUAUCUGUUCAGUAUGUGGUAUAAGUUGUGUACAAAAAGUUCAUUUGAAAGAACACAUGAGAACGCACACAGGUGAGAAACCUUUCGUAUGUUCAGUAUGUGGUAAAAGUUACACACAGAGAGGAACUUUGACCACACACAUGAAAAUACACAACGCUGUGAAACCUUUUUCAUGUUCAAGCUGCAACGAACACUUUAGUGAAGAAAAAGACCUUGUAAGACACAUGAGAAUACACACUGGAGAAAAUCAAUUCAUAUGCUCCGUUUGCGGUAAAGGUUUCGGUCGGAAACCUCAGUUGAAAAGACACAUGAGAAUACACACGGGGGAAAAGCCUUUUUCGUGUUCAAGCUGCAAUAAAAGUUUCAGUGAACGCACAAACCUUUUAACACACAUGAGACUACACACUGGUGAGAAACCAUUUAUAUGCUCAAUUUGUGGUAAAAGUUUCAUUCAGAAAAUAAGUUUGACAACACACACAAGACUUUUUCAUGUUCAAGCUGCAGCAAAAGCAUCAGUGAUCUAGAAUUUUUGUGAUACACAUGAGUGCACACUGGUGAGAAAGUGUUGAGUUGCACAUAGGGUUAGGCGACAUGGCCCCAAAUAUAUAGCAUGAUAUAUUGCAGCCCUUUGCAAGGACGCUAGGUAGGAAGUUUUGUUUGGAAAACAAUACAAUAGCAUGUACAACAGACAAUUAGAUUCAUGAAAUAAUUGAAUGAUAUUAUUCUGCAUUUACAUCGGGAACUAGACUUGUGUGGGUGUGUACCAAUAUGAAACUGUUAUGGCUGGUUAUCUUGCCCACGGACGUUUUUGAGUGACGGACCACAGGUCAGAAUUGACAGCAAGCUGUCUGUGUAUUAAAAGGUAAUGCUCCAUUGUCCAGAGAACAGAAUGAAGUAAAACGUCAAACAAAGCAUCAGCAGCCUCUCCAUAUUUUCUGUCCUUUUGAAAUUUGUGGCUGCACGCCACGGAGGCUGGCUCUGACUUUGUGUGAUGCUGACUGACCAGGUGGGCUGCUAACAUAUUUUAAUGAUUUGUUUCUCUGAUUUGGUUGACCUCUUCUUCUGUUUCUUCUUCUUCUCAGAACUAACUCAGUUUUGGUGUUUGAAGGGCAGGAUUGUGUCGAUCCCUGGCUGUGGGCUGUGGACAAAUACUAUUUUAACUGGUGGCGAGGAGGCUUGGCACUCCAAUUAUACUUGCAACUAAAAGCAUAACAAAAAGCUGAGAGACCGCUUGUAUUGAAAAAUACUCGCAAGUCGGGGUACGUGUAAGUUGGGGUUCCACUGCAGUUUGAUUUUGCCAUUAAAGCCCUCCUGUGACCAGAAACGUAUUUCCUGAAUUUGUAAUCAAUAACCGGAAAAAAUUAUUUUGCCAUACUGAAAAAAAUACAGAUUUUAUUACUGUAGUAUUGACCAUAUGGUGACACUGUACUUGGUAAAGUUACUGCCGCUAUUUGUUUUUUCAAAAGCUCGAGCUUAGUAGUUAGCAUGGCUUCCAACGUUAGUGAAGCAAUCGAUGCCUUGUGAAAAACAAGGAGUGAUGCUGCGCCCCUCAAUGCCUCCAUGUGUGUGUGUGUCACUUAAAAAACUUGUGUCUUUUGACUGAAGCACCAACAAGAAGAGCUUCUUUUGGCACACAAGUGGAACUAAGGAAAAGGACAAAUUCCGAAGUCUGCAAACAUUUUGAUCUAACGGCGCCAAAUAAGGGAAAUGUUGUUUUCCUGUUUACUAUUCAGCUCAUUAUUGACUAUAGUUAAACGCUUCAUAUUCUCUUCUGUAAAAAAAAUCCAAUAUUUAUGUUUGCCAACUAUUAAAAGUGCUUUUUGCAAACUUCAUGUCAUCACUUGUGAUCUUGUGCCUUUCUGACAUGUUCACAGCAGUUGAGUUUGGUCUAGUUUUUUUAUGUUUGUAGUCUGUUUCUCUGGGCCUCCCUCAUCCUCUCCUCAUCCAUCUUGCCUUCUAUCAGCUGUUUUUGAAUACCUUCUAUAUUGAUUAUAUGCUAAAAAUAUUGUGGUUAUCGCGUUUAGUAGUAGUAUAUUACAAAUUACCCUUUCUAAAAUGUGGGUUUUGUUUCGAAAUCUAGUCCGCGGCACUAUAAACAUUCUUCAAUUAUAUAACCAAAGCUCAAAUGCUUCUCAUUUUGUUGAUAAAGUUUUAGUUCGAGUCCAUGUCUCGGAACCAUACAGUAGGUUAGACCAGGUGUUAUUAGUUUUGAUCUGUUUUUGUAUGAUUUCCAGGCAAUAUAAAUAAUUUUAAUUUCCUUGUCAGUUCUUACAUUCUCAAAGUGCAUCUGACCAAAAUAUAUCUUAUUUGAUACUUGUUUUACAUGUCUGCCAUCUAUUGUGAGGAUUAUUUGAGGAACUACUAGAUUUUUUGCUUACUAUCAUUGCUUUGUUUUUGUCACAUUCAUUUCAAUUCCGUAUGGUUUGUCUUUAUCAUUCACUAGAGUGAAUAAUUGUUGUAGGUGAGUUGUGUUCAGUGCUAACAAGAGUGGAUCAUCAGCAUGUCGUAGAUUGCGUAUGUUCAAAUAUAUUCUGUACUUCUCUGAAAGUGUUUACUAUAAACAGACUUGGUGACAAACAAUACACACAUUUGCCUUACUCCUUUUUAUAAAAUGAAAAUGUUCUGUCAUUCCCUAAACAGUUCUUAUGACUGCUUAUUGUUCCCAACUACUGUAUGUAACGAUUUGUAGCUCUUUCCCACAUUCAGUAUGUGAAUUACUUCAGGGCAGCAUGAUUGAUGAAAUUUCCAGUUUUUCACGUGGUCGGAAGUAACGUCAUCAACGGAAGCAACCGGAAUUAAAAUGUUAGAGUUAUCUGUAAAGAGAACUUUCCAGCUGUGUCCUUGGCCUAAGAUCCCUAAGAUCAGCCGAUCAGCUGCUACUGACAGUCCCUGACACAAGGCUGAAGCUUAGAGGUGACAGAGCUUUCGCCGCUGCUGCUCCCAAGCUCUGGAACGACCUACCUCUGAGUGUUAGACAGGCAUUCUCUCUUCCUGUUUUUAAAUAUCUCUUAAAAACAUACUGUUAUUCCAUGGCUUUUAACACUGAGUGAUAUCCAUCCUGCUAUGGCGCCCCAUAAUACACCUGCUGUGAACCUGUUUUUAUGUUCUAUUUAUUUUAGUUAUUUAUUUUUUAUCGUGCUCUGUUUGUGUUGUGUUGUGUUUGCUCGUUUCUCUUGUGUUAUCUUUUAACCUGCCCAUUGUACAGCACUUUGGCUACCCCUGUGGUAAAUUUUAAAUGUGCUU